AUGGAGGAUGGUAAACACCACAGUUCCAGCCGUCAAGAUGGCGAGUACAUAUGGCCACGCGGGCGUACCCGAAGAAGCGGUAGUCCCACCUUGUUAGCUUUGACGGUUCUUGCGGGGCUAUCUUGGUGGCUGUUCCCAAUUUCGUAUUGGGACAUCGAGGCCAAGGCCAGCGCAUCUCCGGCAUCAGAAAAUCAAUUCUCUUGGACGCAGCUUACACCAUCAGAAUCGCUUGAGUACCAUGACUGCUUCAGCGGAUUCCAGUGCGCCCGGCUCGACGUACCGAUGGACUACCACCGGUCAGAUGGCCAAGGCGCUCGUAUGGCGAUCGCUGUCGCUCGACUGCCGGCAAAGGUUCCCGUAACUGACCCUCGAUACGGCGGCGCAAUACUAAUCAAUCCCGGUGGCCCUGGUGGCUCCGGCGUAGCUCAGGCCCUAAUAUCCGGCCGCAAUCUGCAGGCCAUUGCGGACGCAACUGUCGUCCCUACAGAUACGAAUCACUCCAAUCUCUAUUUUGAUAUCAUCGGUUUCGAUCCACGGGGUGUCAACAACACGACCCCGGGCUUUAGCUGCUUUCCGAACCUUUUCUCCCAGAAGAAUUGGGAGCUCCAGGCCGAGGCUGAUGGGAUGCUUGGCAGCUCUGCAGAUUCAUUCAUGCGAAACUGGCAGCGCGCCAUUGCCCUGAAUCCUGCGUGUUCACAAGCCAUUUUGACGCCGUCUGUCGAUGGAGAUGCUCUGGGUAAGCAUACCAACACUCCCCCGGUUGCCCGUGAUAUGUUGGAGAUCAUUGAGCGGCAUGGCGAGUGGCGAGAGAAGCAGGGUUUCAACGCGCAGCGCCAAUUCGACCAGAUGCACGGCUACGACCCACAGCAGCACAUCCUAGAGAGGAUAAAAUGGCAUCGCGGGCGAGAGAAGCUACUGUACUGGGGCCGGUCAUAUGGGACCGUCCUUGGCGCUACUUUCGCCGCACUCUUUCCUGACCGUAUCGAACGCAUGUUGUUAGAUGGCGUAGUUGAUGCGGACAAGUACUAUACCGGAAUUGGACCGGAGCCUAUUGGUGAUGCUGACGCCAUCUUUGAUAAAUUCUCCAUCUACUGCAAUGAGGUGGGGACUAAAUGUCCGCUAUACGCAGCAGGAGGCCCCGCUGCUAUUAAAGCGUCUUACGAAAAACUGGAGGGCAGCCUUUACAGCUCAUCCCUUCCCGUGAGAUCCUCUGAGACUCGCGGCCCGGAAGUCGUGACGUGGUCGGACCUGAAGAUUGUUCAGCGAAUAUCCGUUUACCAGCCACUAGCCGGGUUCACAUACCUCGCGGGUAUCGUAAGCGAUCUGCUCAAAGGGGAUGGCUCUAAAUUGGCAGACUUCAAACACAGCCGCCGCUCGCCUACCUGUCCGACUGAAGAGUGUCUAAUUGCCGGGCCGUGGUCGUCUGAAUGUGCGGCACCUGGACAGAACGAGGUGUAUUCCACUUCUGCUAUUCUGUGUUCCGAUGCAGAGUACAUGCAGUCCACAGAUGAGCAGGACUUUAAGCGACAUUGGCGAAAUCUCCAAGAGCUUAGCAGCGCCAUUGGGGAUUACUGGGCCCAUACGCGGCUCAACUGUGCUGGAUGGAGCGUCAAGCCUAAGUGGAAGUUGCCAGGUAGAUUACCAGCACCCUAUCAACGAUCCCGACUAACAACCGUAGUUCCCGUCACCGCAAACACCUCCUUUCCAAUUCUGCUUGUAAAUAAUAUCCUCGACCCGGUGACUCCUCUAGCGAGCGCAAAGAAGAUGUCACACGCAUUCCCCGGCUCAGUACUGCUGCAGCAAGACUCAGAGGGGCACUGUACCCUCGCAGCCCCUUCAACUUGCGUGAGCCAGGCCAUUCGCAAGUACUUUCAGACAGGCGAAUUGCCAAUGCCGGGGACUGUUUGCGACGCUGAUCUUAAACCAAUGCUAGGUGCUCCGAAGAAGCCCCAAGAGGGAAAAACGCCGGACGAUAUCGCGCUGCAGGAAGCGGUGCUUGACGAGGCACAAAGGUUUAGGAUACCAUUGCCACUGUAG